GAUCCCUUCUUGUGUCUCCGCCUUCCUCCCCAUUGGAUCAAUUUCUAGGGCUUCUCAAACCCUAGCUUCAGUUCGAUCUAGAUUUUCUAGGGUUGCACGGCUGCUAUGGCGGACGAAACGGAGACACAGGUGGAGGAUCAGCGAGGAGAAUCACCGGGUGGUUCGCCGAUGCCGCCACCCCCACCUCCGCCGCCAUCCAGAAGGAGGGACAGGGACUCGAGGGAGCGGCGGGACGAGCGUGAUGACCGGGGACCGCCGCCUUCUGGGAGAGGGGACAGGGAGCGGGAUUAUCGACGACGCGGUAGUGGUAGCCCGCCCCCUUACCGCGAUCGACGGCACUCGCCUCCUCGAAGAUCACCUUCCCCUGGGCCCUUCAAGCGGUCGAGGAGGGAUGACGGUGGGUAUGAUCGGCGUCGAGGCGGAUCGAGAGGAGGGUAUGGGGCGGAUGACCGGAGGUAUGGCUAUGACUAUGGCGGAGGGUAUGAACGAGGGGGUAGGGGUGGAUAUGGAGAUGAAAGGCCCCGGUUUGGUGGUCGGCAGUCAGAUUGGAUUGAUUCAGGGCGUGGUUUUGGUGAUGGCUUCAACUCAGGGAUGAUUCCAAGAGAAGGCCUUAUGUCUUACAAGCAGUUCAUCCAAGAACUAGAAGAUGAUAUAUUACCAGCUGAAGCAGAACGCAGGUAUGAAGAGUACAGGUCAGAGUAUAUUACUACUCAGAAAAGAGCUUAUUUUGAUGCACACAAGGAGGAAGAGUGGUUGAAAGACAAGUAUCAUCCAACUAAUUUGGUAGCAGUGAUAGAGAGGAGGAAUGAGCAAGCUAGAGCAACUGCAAAGGAGUUCUUACUUGAUCUGCAGAGUGGAAAUCUAGACCUGGGCCCAGGAUUGAUUGCCUCCACACCAAACAAAUCUGGACAUGGCAGUGAUGCAAACUCUGACGAUGAAGCUGAUACUGGUGGUAAAAGGAGAAGACAUGGUAGGGGCCCUGCAAAAGAAAAUGAUCUGCUUUCGGCUGCUCCCAAGGCUCACCCGAGUAGUUCUGAAACUAGACGAAUCCAAGUUGACAUUGACCAAGCCCAAGCACUAGUUCGUAAACUUGAUACUGAGAAAGGUAUUGAAGAUAAUGUUUUAUCUAGCAGUGAUCGCGAUAAAUUUGAUGGGGAGAAAUCUCAUGCUGGAUCGAUGGGACCAAUCAUAAUCAUUAGGGGCUUGACUACUGUCAAGGGGCUUGAAGGUAUUGAACUUUUGGAUACACUUAUCACAUACUUAUGGCGCAUCCAUGGCAUAGAUUACUAUGGCAUGUCUGAGACAAGUGAAGCCAAGGGCCUUCGCCAUGUAAGGGCUGACAGCAAAACUUAUGAUGGAUAUGAUAAGAGUGGUGCUGAAUGGGAGAAGAAGCUGGAUUCAACCUGGCAAGGGAGAUUGCAUGGUCAGGAUCCUUUGGAAGUAAUGACUGCGAAAGAGAAGAUUGAUGCUGCAGCUGUUGAGAUUCUUGAUCCUUAUGUUAGGAAGAUUAGAGAUGAAAAAUAUGGUUGGAAGUAUGGUUGUGGAGCCAAGGGUUGCACAAAGCUCUUCCAUGCUGGCGAGUUUGUCCAUAAGCAUCUGAAACUCAAGCACACAGAUCUGGUUUCAGAGUUAACAUCAAAAGUGCGCGAAGACAUUUAUUUUCAAAAUUAUAUGAAUGAUCCAACUGCUCCUGGUGGAACUCCUGUUAUGCAGCAACCUGUUCUGAAGGAUAGAGCACCGCGCAGAAGGCCUAUUUUAGAGAAUCGCCUGAGAGAUGAACGUGGCAAUCGUAGGGAGCAUGACAGGCUUGAUGAGGACAGGUUCGACAGAAAUGAAAACUCACCAACUGAUGAUAUGCAUAACAACAUUGGGCCGGAUGGUGGAAAUCCUGAUGAGGUAAUGUAUGAUGCAUAUGGUGCACCAAGGUUGCGUGGUGGUCCAUUUCCAUCAGAUAUACCUCCUCCGCCAGUAUUGAUGCCUGUACCUGGUGCUGGCCCAUUGGGACCCUUUGUCCCUGCCCCGCCAGAAGUUGCUAUGCGGAUGCUGCGAGAGCAAGGUGGGCCAUCUCAAUUUGAAGCUAAUGGUGGCCGUGGUCGGAAAGCCAGGCCUGGUCCUGGUCCAGCUCCAAUCUUGGCGAUGUCUCCAGCUUUCCGCCCUGAUCCUCGGCGUCUACGAAGCUAUCAAGACCUUGACGCCCCAGAGGAUGAGGUGACGGUCAUAGACUACAGAAGUCUAUAAUCUUUUCAUUUGUGCUUAGAGAAUUUACUUACUUUGGUGAUGGUGGUUUUGCGGAUCAAAUUUCCACAAUGCUCAUGAAGAUUAUCAACAUAUGCUAAAGUGGAGAAUGUAUCUUAUUUCUGUACUAUAAGUGCAGAAUGGCGAACUUUUUUGCUGUUAUUUUCCCUGCUUUUUUUAAUCUUAUUUUUAUUUUUAUUUUUACUUUUACCAGUUGCUUUUAGAAAAGAUAUUGUUGAUAAGUUUGAAUGGCCUGAUUCAACGUUGUUGCUUCUUUUUUUUUCAUUUUCAUCUUGACGUAGUGAUGUACCAUCAGAUAGUGUUACAAGUAGUUGGUAUUUCAUGCUUCAAACUC